AUGUUCGUGUACGUCAUCCUCACUGCUUCCUCCAUGUCCGUGUACGUCAUCCUCAUCAUGGUCGUCCUACAUCAGCAGCCGGCGUCCAACUUCGUGUUGAUGGGCGCAGGUUCCCACCUUGAGAAUAUGUUUGUGUACGUCAUCCUCACUGCUUCCUCCAUGUCCGUGUACGUCAUCCUCAUCAUGGUCGUCCUACAUCAGCAGCCGGCGUCCAACUUCGUGUUGAUGGGCGCAGGUUCCCACCUUGAGAUCGUCCAGUCCAGAGACGCCGCCGAGAACAGAACACCGUCGCGGCACCGCCGGCAAUCCGCCACCAGAGUCCGCUCCAGAGGAGCAAUCAGCAUGGCGGACAGCAGCGGCACAACCGUCUUUGACAACCUGCCGGAGUGGCUCGUCGUCGACCAGAUCCUUGUCCGGUUGCCGCCCAAAGACAUACUCCACUGCCGCGCCGUCCGCAAGUCGUGGCUCAGCGGUACUUCCACCAACACAUUCAUUCGUGAUCAUCACCGCCGUCAGCCCUCGUUCCCCAUCAUCAAACACCAUAAGGGCAUCUGCCGCCUCACCGGAGCCUCCAAUGAACGAAAGAUACAGCCCGUCCGAUAUGCACGCUAUUUUUCAAGCAACAACGUUACACUCCAUGCCGCCUGUGAUGGCCUCCUCAUCAUGUCGCAGCAGCGAUCCGAUUUCCGCAUCUGCAACCCGACCACCCGCAAGUGUGCUUCCCUGCCACAUCCCCCGUCACGACCAGGCUCCAGGUUUGUCGACGUAGUUGGCUUCUACCAGCACACCACAUCUGGAGAACACCGGGUGCUCUGGGUGUCAGUCCCGAUACCCGUCAUUAGAGCAAUUAGAGCGACUGGUCCUCAGGGGGCAGACAUGGCAAUUGAGUUGCCCGAUUACUUGGUCCUCACCGUGGGAUCGGACCAGCCAAGAUGCAUCCAGUGGCCGACUAUUUCAAAACAAGAGUUUCUUGAUAUCCGGUCCUCCAGAAAUCCACCAGUCCACCAUCGUGGUAGCCUGCACUGGGCAAUGGGUAUCAAUAUAACUGUAUUUGACACCAUAGCUGAGACGUUCCGGCGGAUGAGCUGCCCGGCACGGUUGGAGAACACCCAUAUGUGGUCGCCUGACUCAUUGUCGGAUAUGGGCGGCGCCCUUGCUUUGUGCCGCUCCGCCCCUGACUGCGUCACUUUUGAUAUUUGGGUGUUGCAGGACUAUGAUGCCGAGACCUGGGGCUUUCAAUAUCAGAUUAACUUGUUAGCAAUGGAGGUAUCGCCACCGAUUGAUUUGGGCAUCAUGCUUGUCCCUAUGACCACCCUGAUCAAUGAGCGUGAGCUGUUGAUCCAGCAGCGUCUUAGCCGUUUAUUGCAUUGUGAAAUUGACGGUGUGUCUUUAAGAGAUGUGGAAAGUGAAGAGCAUGAAUACCACCUGCUGCCACUUACUACCCAUUGCCUCCAAGAGAGCAUGAUUUCACUUCCAUUGUUUGAGACGCAAGAAAAUGCUGUGAACAAGGAGGCUCCAUUCGUCAUAGUGCUAUAAAGAUACCUUGCUCCAUCUUAAUGCUUUGGACUUGUUGUCUGCUGUGCCCU